AUGAAUAAUUUUUUUACAGCUAUAUCAUCUGUUAUAUUGAUCUAUACUAUACCUAUCGCACGAAUAAACGCAUCACCAAACUCCAUUAUUGUUGAUGUAGAUAAAGGCAUUGUUCUUCAACAUGUCGGUGUAUAUUCUGAGAAAUUCGAAGAAUCUAUCUUCCAUAUAUUUGUGCCGUACAAUGACUUAUGCAAUGAAUCACCAGACUCACCUGCUUGCCGAUACGUACACUCGACUCAACCAGAUAUUAUUGAUCUUGGCACUAUUGUCUCAGAUGCUUACCAACUACUUAAUUAUGAUAAAAAUAAUAUUUCGGCAUUCAUUGAAACAGACGUUAGACGAAUUUUUUCUCAUCACGAGAUUCACAAAUUUAUUGGCAAAUCGCGAUCCACCGUAUUCUUCAUUGAUGAUAGAUUCUACAUGCCAGGUAAUACCGUUGAAUCAUCUAUUGUAAAACCUUCGUCCUCAUCAGAUAUCGAGCAACAUGCACUCAUAUAUCAACCAACUAAUCCAACAACACGAAUUCUAGAUAAUAUUCGUAAAGAAAAAAUUGGAUAUGACUUUUUAAAUAACAAACAAAUGGACGAUCUUUUAUCCGUAAUUUUACCGACUAUGGAUUCACAAUUAGAUGACCAAAACUUAAAGGAAAAUCUUAAUACACUGGUAAGCAUGGUGGUUGGACAGUCGAUAUAUGUACUUAAGUCAUGUUCAACUGAUCACAAGAGUAAUUUGCCAAAUAGUCCAUCAUGUCUUGUUAUUUCUACAAUGUUCCGUCGUCUUCCGAAAGACAGUUCGUUGCAUUACCAGGUAUAUCGCAUGAUGCCACUACCAAUACUGUUUAAAGAUGAAGCAUACAUCUAUUCAGAUUUACCGGAUACUAUUGCUUUUGAUUACAUGCAGAAAAACAUUAUAACUUGGGAUGACACUGAUUCGAAAGCAUCUACUUGCAUUUUUUCCAAAAUCGUACAAUGUCGUAAUUAUCCAUUGGUUGUUCCUAUAUCUACUCUACCUUGUCUUUCCGAACUUUUUACUUUCGAACCGUCUUCAUCUAACAGUAAUUGUGCAGUAGCCAAGUCGAAAGUUCACGAUGGUGGUAUUCUGAAUAUUCAAGAUAAUAUUUGGUAUUUUUACAUCGUCAAGCAGGCUUCGUACUGUACGUAUCAAUCAUUAAAUACACCCACGAACAUAAGAAUUACCGAACCAUUGAUAAUAUCGUUACCAUGCAAUAAACCAGCACAUUGUAUAGAUAGUCAUAUAUUGCCAGCAUCAUGCACUAAUGCAAGUAUUCUUUUAAAAUCGACUCGUAAUCGCACGAUGACCACACCUAUUACUAACGUUGUCCGCUUCAAUAAUAUCGUGGAAAGACUUGUUACCGCCUACCAGACGACCGCUAAAUCUACUCUUCUUCAGAUACAGAGCGAAAUUGAUGAAAGCGAGCCAUUAUUUGAAAAAAUUUUCGAAGGAUUCGCCAGUCCAACACUAUCAUUUAUUGCUUCAAUAUUAACGACUGUUGUCUUAGUUAUUUUAAGGAAGUAUCGUAGAAAUAAUAAUCAGGAUGUUCAAGAAUUGAAAACAGAAAUCAAUCGUAUUAAAAGAGACUUAAUACAAGAUGUCUAA